AACAUUAAACUUGCUCCGUAGAAAGUCCGUAUACUAAAUUUAAGAUGUCCUCUUGGGUUCUUGUGUUUCUGUUUCUAUCCGUUGUUUCUUUGUCUUCAUCAGAAGCCUCUCCUUUUAGAAAUGAGAAGAAAGAAGAAGGAAAAAGGGAGCGUCCAUUGCAUGAUACUAUAAUGGAGAGGAUGAAGAAGAUAAGAGAGUCUUUGUCAAUGAAAGGACAGGACGAGGAGUACAAGAGGUACUGGGAAGAACUCAUCGCUAAUAAUCCUGACUUGGCUAAGCGGUUUCGUGAGCAGAAAGCUGAAGAUCUAGCAGCUGGUCUCGGAGACAGACUCUCUCACCGUGACGGAGGAAUCCGGUCUCAAAUGGAGGAACUGCAGAGGAGGAACAUUGAAGAGUUGAGAGAUCUUCACAGGCAAAAAAUGGCAGGAGAAUCCCAUGAGCCCAUUGAGAUUAGGAGACAGAGAGAGAGAGGGAGACACUUGUCAGAUAAAGAAAUGGAAGAGAAGAUCAGAGAGCAUCAAAGGAUUCAGGAGCAGUUAGAUCACGCUCGUCGUGAAGAUUUCAAAAAUUUUGAAAUGAAACUCGAGCACAGAAGAAGACAGAAAUUAAAGGAAAUGGACGAAACUCAAAGACUCAGAGAAGAAGCAAGAUUAAAGAAGCUAUCAGACGAGAGAAAGGUUCAUGAGCCAUUGCUCCAUCCAGCAAGUAAAGAUCAGUUUGAGGAGGUAUGGAAGACUGAUGAUGGAUUUAAAGAUGAAAAGUUCGACAUUAGGACAUUCUUUCACCUUCACGAUACAAAUGGAGAUGGGACUUUAGACAUUCGUGAAGUUGAAGCACUUUUUGUCAAUGAAAUAAGGAAGUAUUAUGGUAAGGAUUUUGAAAAUGACAGAGAAGCUCACGAAGAUAUGUCAAGAAUGAGAGAACACGUUAUGAGUGAAGUUGAUCGAGAUCAUGAUUCCUUGAUCACGUUAGAAGAGUUUGUGAGAUACGCUAACACUGAUCUGUUCAAUAUAAAGGAAGAAUGGAAGCCAGUUGGGGAGGAUGAUGAGCACAAGGAGUUUACUGAUGAUGAAUUCAAACAGUAUGAAAACGAAAUGGAAGAAGAUGAUUAUGAUUAUGACGACGAAGGUAACCUCAUUCAUAAACCAAAAAUGGAAAACCAUGACGGAGUACCCCCUGAACACCACGAAGUACCCACUGAACAUCAUGAAGUACCUCCUGAGCACCAGGAAGUACCCACUGAACAUCAUGAAGUACCUGCAGCACAUGAUACAAAACCUGAUACUGGAUUACCUAAUGAUCAUGGAUUACCUCCUAAUGAUCACGGGUUACCUAAUGAUCACGGGUUACCUCCUUAUGAUCAUAGGUUACCUAAUGAUCAUGGAUUACCUAGUGAUCAUGGGUCACCAAAAGGUGAGAAAGGACUGCCCGAGCAUGUUCCUCCACAGGAUGUGCCUCAUGAUGUUCCUGUAGGAGGAGCUAAUCACAAUGAGAACCCAAAAGCACCAAUUGUUGAAACUAAGCAAGAUGAUACUGCUCCUCCUCCUCAUGCUGCUUCUGAUGAUGAAAAGAAAUUGUAAAAAUUAACGACUUACAUUUAAUUUCAACUUUUUUCUAACUUCAGUCAUUUUUGUUAUAAUCAAACAUUA